GCCACGUGUACAUAAAAAGAAUCUGUCCGACUGUCCGUUGUGGGUGGAAAGAGACUGUCAAAACACUUUGCCAACGUGUCUGGUUCGAGAGGACCAGCUUACCCUGGUCGUACUUUUUGUCAAGUUAUAGUGUUAGAUUUUAAAUGGAUCCUAAAAAGCUAUGGUAGAAUAUAGCAAACUUACUGUUACUGAACCAGGCUUCGAGACAACCGACAGAAUGCAGGACUGGAGACAAGCCAUCCAGAUUCCGACAGCCUAUCGCAUCGGAAAUAGCACUGUUCGUCUUCAGUAUCAGUUUGUUAUGGGAGUUUUGGCUGUUGGCGUCAUAGCUCUGGUCAUGUUUUACAAUUCAGUUUCUCACAGUAAGCCUCAUAACCCGUACAUGCUAGAAAAGCGAAUUCCAACCAAUUACGAGAGUGACCACCUUCACAAGCAUAAUUUACCUGAGCCAAAGUUGAACACCUAUAACUCGACUUAUCCCUUCACCACUCCAGUGAGGACAGAAAAGGGUGUAAGAUACAAGAUUGCCAUAAUAUCUGACUUAGACACCAAUUCAAAAAAAAAUGAUGAAUGGAUUAGUUAUUUAAAAACAGGUUCACUCUUUGUUGAUGUAGAAAAUAAUAAGGUUUCUCUGGAAUGGGACAAAGAUGAACUUGUAACAUUGAAAACUUCCCUUGCCCAAGGAGGAAGAGGAAUGGAGUUGUCAGAAUUAGUAGUCUUUAACGGUGCUCUUCUGGGUUUUGACGAUAGAACCGGAACCAUUUACCAAAUAGAUAUUGCUUCCAAAUUCGCAUUUCCAUGGGUACUUUUAGUCGAUGGACAUGGACGCGUGGCAAAAGGAUUCAAGAGUGAAUGGGCAACUGUGAAGGAUCAAACACUCUAUGUAGGAGGUCUGGGUAAAGCGUGGACUACCCCGACAGGUGAAUUGGUUAAUUAUCACCCGCAGUACAUCAAAAAGAUUAGCCCAACAGGUGAAGUUUCCCAUAUCGAUUGGCAUACGCGCUAUGAAAAAUUGGCAAAAACAGUAGACAUUUCAUUCCCGGGCUACAUAAUCCACGAAUCCGUAUCGUGGAGUUCUGUCCACAAGCGGUGGUUCUUCCUACCUCGCCGCGAGAGUAAAGACCGUUAUGACGAGAAAUUGGAUGAAUCACGAGGAACGAAUCUGAUGCUCACCGCUGACGAGGAGUUUAGCGACAUCAAGGCUAAAAGGAUCGGUGACAUCAGCCCCACACACGGAUUCUCAAGCUUCAAAUUUGUGCCCAAUACACACGACAAACUGAUUGUGGCCCUGAAAUCUGAAGAGAAUCAAGGUAAAACAGCUUCUUUCAUCAUGGCCUUUGACAUUGACGGUCAAAUCCUACUGCCAGAGACCAAAAUCGAUGGUGAUUUCAAAUACGAGGGAAUUGAGUUUAUUUAAUUUUCGACUAUACAUUUUUCUUCCAUUUUUCUUUCUCUCAUCUGUGUCAUUUUUGACGGCCUUUGUUCAAUUGUUUUUAUCGAGAUCCUUCCCUUCGUCCUGCCUGAGGUCACUGAUUUGACUAGCGUGCAACGUGUCUGUACACCUCUCUUCUCCUUUUUUUUCUUUUUUUUUUAUUGUUUUUUCCUAUUUCCUAGGAUGCAAUCAAGUGUAAGAUAUUGUAAAAUGGAAUACACGCCAAAUUACCA